GCUGUCCUCCUCUGAGUUUAAAAAGAGAGCUCCAGCUGUCUGGCUCACACUCUGGUGGGAGGCAUCAUGGCACGAGCUGUAGUGCAGCUGGUCCUUUUUGGGCUGCUGUCAGCUUUGGUUACCACACUUGCAGACAAGGAUGACUGGGACAUCUACAGCUUUCACAUCAACUCAACAGUGAGCAGUCGUUACGCAACCACUGUCAUCAAAAGCCGCGUGGCCAAUCGAAUGAACGAGUCAAAGGAAAUAGAGUUUCAUGUCAGGAUUCCUAAGAAUGCCUUCAUCAGUAAAUUCAGAAUGUUUAUUGAUGGGCAGCCAUACGAUGGAGUUGUGAAAGCUAAGGAAGCGGCUAAGCAGCAGUACACUGAUGCUGUGUCCCGAGGUCAGAGUGCAGGGAUUGUCAGUUCUGUUGGAAGGACUCUUGAGGAAUUCAAGACCUCGGUGAAUGUAGCAGCUCACAAAAAAGUCACCUUUGAACUUACGUAUGAGGAACUACUGAAACGCAAAUUGGGCAAGUAUGAGCUGCAAAUCCACGCUCGACCCAUGCAGCCUGUAAAAGACUUCAAGGUGGAUGUACACAUAAACGAGGAUGCUGGGAUCAAUUUCUUGGAGGUGACAGGAGGACUGAGCACCAAUGCCAUGGCUAAUGCCAUCACCAAAACACUUGCAGACAAACAGGCGUGGCUGUAUUUCUACCCAACAGAGGAUCAACAGAAAUCAUGUGACAGCUGUGGGGAGCAAGGUAUGAAUGGAGAUCUGGUCAUUGUUUAUGACGUCAACAGGGAUGCCUCAUUUGGAGACAUCAAGAAAUCAUCGGGGUACUUUGUUCAUCACUUUGCUCCAUCUAAUCUUGCCCGAAUACCAAAAAAUGUGAUCUUUGUCAUUGAUCAGAGUGGCUCAAUGCGCGGGAGGAAAAUACAACAGACCCAGAUCGCACUGAUUCAUAUCUUGAACGACCUGGCAGAAGAUGACUUCUUUGGUCUGAUCACUUUUGAUGGCAGCAUUUUUCACUGGAAACGAGAACUUGUUCAAGCUAAUGAACAAAAUGUGGCUAGUGCCAAAACUUUUGCACAGAACAUUCAAUCCAGAGGAGCCACUAACAUUAACCAAGCAGUUUUGGAUGGAACAUCUAUGCUAAACGAACAUCCCAGAGAAGGCUCAGCAUCUAUCCUCAUACUGCUCACAGAUGGAGACCCAACCUCAGGUGUGACAAAUCUGGAAGUAAUUCAGUCAAAUGUAAGAGAGGCCAUCAACGGUAAAUUCCCUCUCUACUGUCUCGGUUUCGGCUUUGAUGUCAAGUUUGAGUUCCUUGAAAAGAUGUCACUGCAGAACAACGGUGUGGCACGGAGGAUUUAUGAAGACUCUGAUGCUGAUUUACAGCUGAAGGGUUUCUAUGACGAGGUGGCCACUCCUUUGCUGACAGAUGUGACGAUGAUUUAUGAGGGUGGGGUUAAUGUGACCCAGACUAACUUCAGCCAGUAUUAUAAUGGCUCUGAGAUUGUUGUGGCGGGUCAAAUCACUGACAACGACAUUGAAACCUUCACUCCACAAGUCAUUGCUAUUUCAAGGAACACAAGGGUGGUGUUUACAGAGACAAAUCCUUCAGUGGAGUCGACUGGGACAGUGUCUGACAGUAACAUCCAGAGGGUCUGGGCCUACCUCACAGUCAAACAGCUUCUCGAGAAAGAAUUGCAGCUCUCUGGUCCUGAGAAGGAGAGUGCCAAGAAAGAGGCCCUGGAGCUGUCGCUGAAGUACAGCUUUGUGACCCCACUGACAUCCAUGGUGGUCACCAAGCCUCCGGGGGAGAGUGCAGAUGUGCUUCAUAAACCCAAGGAAGGUGAAACCCAACCAGUCACACACACCCAGUCACAGCACCACAGAGGCAGUGCUAUGCCAUUUGGGGCAGAUUCUUCACGUUCCACAUUACGUAGAGGUAUUGUUUUUUCUGAAGGGAAACUAAAGAUGCAAAUUAGGACAAGCCUGCAUGAUCUGUCAUCAGCUAGUCCUGUCCGAUAUUCACGUCGUCGUCCAGCUCGCCCUCCACCUCCUGUUCCAAAUCCAGUUGUUCAUGCCACCCAGUUUUUACAUAAAACUGAGAACCAGACUCUCCCACUGUGUUAUAAUGUCGUUGGAAACAUCAAUCUUAAACUUCUUCACCAUCCUAACGGAGGGCUGUUAGUGAACGGUGAGCUUGAUGCAUCACUGGGAGGAUUCAGAAGGAUUGCCAUCCACACAGCUAGUGCAAAGUUUGAGCUUGAAGGCCUGAGAAUCGUUGUACGAGACCCGCAGGGCAGAGCUACCUAUCUUCAGGAGGAUGAAGUCAUUACUCGUGAUAACGUGACAGUGAUCAGACGGCCAAAAGAAAUAGAUUUUGUAAGCGGAGACACACGGAUCGUCCUCUUGAUUCAUGAGAAAAGCGGUCUUCGUUUCCUCUGGCCUGUUAUCAGACAACAGUCGACAGAUGGAAACCUAACAGGGAUUUUAGCUCUUAAUCCUGCAGCUUAUGAGGUGAUGCAGCAAAUCCCUCCCUAUACAAAUCUCAAAAUCCAAAACAAUGAGAUGCAGGCUGUCAGAUCCACUGUUGCUGACUACAGUAUCCCCUCUGCUCCGAUGCUAGACUGCUGGCUCGUCACCUCUGAGUUUGCCCUACAGAGGUCCAUGGGUGAAUUCAUCGUUGCACAAAUUUAAUGGGAAAAGUGAUGAAUCAUUGAAAAGAUUGAUGUAAAAACAUGCUGGCCAAUAACUUACCAUGGAACAAUACUUUGACAUUUUUAACAAUAAAACUUGUCAAAGAUCUUUGGUUGCCUCGUAUGAACUGAAUAAAUGAAAAUUAACCUAAAGGACUGGUCAGUGUUUGUCUGGGUAUUGUCUGUUAGAUUUAUGGUGGAACAGAAGCUGACCUUGCAAAUCUGAAAUGAUUCAGAGCAACACUAAGAAUCAUUAGAGUCAACUCCAUGAAGUUUGCCCACAUUGAUUUACAACAUACGGGACAGGAAGUUGUUUAUCUGACCCUUCUGUGAACAAAAAAACAGAGCUGGCAUGAUAUGUUUGGUUCUGCAUGAUGUGGUCAAACCAGUCGAGCUGCUUUGAGCUGCGUUUCAUUGUGUUAACAGAGAUUGUCCUCUUUCAUUGGAUUGCAUCAUAUGUAAGCACAGUUCAAAGGUAUGUGUGGAUCCUUACAUGAGACUUGCUGAUAAGGGCUCAGUUUUCCAUGAACCUCAGUGAGAUAUGUGACGUCAAAUAAUGUUUCCCAGUGAAUGAGCUUUAUGUUGUUUAUCGUUCCUUAAACUUGGCUCUUAAAUAAAUUCACUUCAAUCAAA